AUGGGGCUGACGCAGCGAAUCUCAAAAUGGCUGCCCUCUUCGCCGAGUCUCCCUGUGGAUGACGUUUCGCGCGAAAAGGGCCGCAACAUCUCCAGGUUCGCGUUCUUCAAGAGAAGAAUACGCUUGAAGGGAAAUUCAUCGGUUUCUAUACCCUUGGGAUUUGUUCUACUCUUUCCAUGUCUUGUAAUAGUCCUAGUUUUGCUUCUUUUUGUCCGACACCCUGCUUCGCCCGGGGGCAUCUUAAUUCCAGCUGGUACACCCCCAUCUAUAAGAAAAAUAAGCGAAAAGCAUGACAAGGUCUUCGCCAAUGGAUGCCUGCAGGUUGAGAAGGAGGUUGAGGGCAAACGUGCAAAUGCCGCGUUUGUCGUUCUCGCUAGGAACAAGGAAUUGGACGGCGUCAUCCAGUCGCUUAAGUCGAUUGAGAGACAUUUCAACCGAUGGUUCCACUAUCCUUACGUGUUCCUGAACGACGGCGAUUUCGAUGACACUUUCAAGGAUACCGUGAAGAAUUAUACAAGCGCCCCUGUGGAAUUCGGCAAAAUUGAUGACACCAUGUGGGGUUAUCCUAAGUGGGUUGACGAUGAAGUGGCAAAGGAGGGCAUCAGAAAGCAGGGUGAUGCCGCUAUUAUGUAUGGUGGGAUGGAGAGUUACCACCAUAUGUGCAGAUUCUAUUCUGGAUUCUUCUACAAGCAUCCCCUCCUCAUGAAGUACGAAUGGUACUGGCGUCUGGAGCCAGAGAUCAGCUACUUCUGUGACAUCACUUACGACCCUUUCGUCAAGAUGGCUGAAGCAAAUAAAACCUAUGGAUUUACGAUUGCUGUCAAAGAACUGCGUGAGACUGUCCCCAACAUAUUUCGCUAUGCCUCGGCCUAUAAGCGGAAGCACAAUCUAGAGUCAAAAGGACUCUGGGAGAUGUUCCUCGAAAGGCCAUCUGAGGAGGAGCCCAAACCGGAGGAAGGGAAGCAGGAUAAGCUUCCCGAGGAAAUUCUGCAGAAUGAGCCUGGAGAGAAUACUGUUCCCGAUGUCGAUCCUGAGGCCAUGGAAGGCGAGAAGUAUAACAUGUGCCAUUUCUGGAGUAACUUUGAAAUCGCACGCCUGGACUGGUUCCGCAGUAAGGAGUACGAAGAGUUCUUUGAAAUGAUGGAUAGGAGCGGUGGUUUCUGGAUGGAAAGAUGGGGUGAUGCGCCUAUCCACUCGCUAGCCGCAGGUGUUCUUCUGUCGCCCAGUGAUAUACACUAUUUCCGUGAUUUUGGCUACCGUCAUACGACCAUCCAGCAUUGCCCCGCUAAUGCUCCCGCCCGACAGCUCCCACGGAUUCCGUGGCUUGAAAUGACCACGGAAGACGAGAAAGCGCGGUUCGAAGAGGACGAGUACUGGGCAAAUUCCGACCCCGUCAAAGAGAACGGUGUCGGGUGCAGGUGCAGGUGUGAUACAGAUAUCGUGGAUGUUGAGGGUAAACAAGGCAGCUGUCUUGCUGAGUGGGUAGAAGUUGCGGGAGGUUGGGCUUCUCCCUAG